GGGUACCGGCUCCUCGCCCUGGCCAGACAAGGCCCGCCACCCUGCACCUUGCAGUGCUGACCCCUCACUUAGCCCGACCGCCAGAUGGUGGAGUAGAGGCCAGAGGGUCGCAAGCUCCCAGGGCCGCUAGCCUGGUGAGAAGAGCGGUGGGGGAGAAACGGCCCCCAGGCUUUCCUGGCAGAAUGGACAGCAGGCAUUCUGUGACCCCAGGCCCGGGGACCACAGAGGCGACACGCCCCAGCUUGGGCAAGUCUUUGAAGGCCAGGGAUCUGGAAAGGUGGUUAGCGCCGCAUGGGCCCGCCCCGGACUCCGGGGGGCCCGCGCCCGGCCAGCCCCAGGCAGCCCCAGGCAGUCGGCACCCGCGCACGCGAGCCAAGUAAAUGCCGCCAAGCACCAGGCUGGGAGCGCCCCGGACCCUCACCGUCGCACCCUUGACCUUGAGCGCCGCGAGGGUGAGCGCCACCGUACUCCGAGGCCACACCCCGUGCAGCCCGGGCGCACCGAGCCUCUCUGCACGACAGGCCUGGCCCGGCCGGGACCCGGCUCUGCGCCCUGGCCGAGGGCAACACGCCCCUCCCUCCGCCCAGACCCCAAGCGCGCCCACGCGCUGGACCUGCGUGGAGGGCGGGGCCGUGGGGCGGGGCUCUCUCGCUGGGCGUGGCUUCGAGAGGCGGUACCUCUGGGGCGGGGCUUCGGGCCAGGGGAUCCGGGGUGUGGCCGCGGGACCGGCCUCCGACGGGCGGGGCGAUGGGCGUGGCCACGCGCUCGGGGCGGGGCUUGUGGGGCGGGGUCUCCAUAAAGCGGCGUGGCGGGCGGGCACCCGCUCCCCGUCGGCGCUGAGCAUGGUGGUGGGGGCGCCGGCCUCCCGGGCGCUCCUGCUGCUGCCGCCGCUCCUGCCGCUGCCGCAGGUGGCGCUGGGCUUCGCGGACCGCAGCUGCGACCCCUCGGACCUGUGCCCGCCCCAGGCCCGCUGGAGCAGCCUGUGGCACGUGGGGCUUAUCUUACUCGCUGUCCUGCUGCUGCUACUGUGUGGGGUCACAGCCAGCUGUGUCCGGUUCUGCUGCCUCCGGAAAAGGGUACACAGCCAGCCACACCUGCCACCAACACCUCAGCCUUGCGACCUGACGGUCAGCCCUGUGGACAGUGACAGCCCCGUGCACAGCACUGUGACCUCUUACAGCUCUGUGCAGUACCCGCUGGGCGUGCGGCUGCCCCUUCCCUUUGGGGACCUGGACCUCGACUCCAUGACCCCUCCUGCCUACAGCCUGUAUGCCCCUGAGCUGCCACCCUCCUAUGAAGAGGUUGUCAAGAUGGCCAAACCCAGACAGGAAGAGCCACCGACCUCUCAGUAACCCCGUCUCCCCCUGGGGCCUGAGGCCUAGAGACAUCGGCGGGGCUCCAGGGGCCAGCUCCAAUGCCCUAGCAGCCCUGGCUGUUGUCCUGGCGCCCUCAAAAGCAGAAGAAAACUCUCUCGAACCUCCCAGUUGUGCCAGCCACCUUGUGCUCAGAAGGGACCCCCCCCAGCACACCCCUACCGCCCUUCCCCAGGGAAGGUCAGCCCGUCCAGCACAUUGCUGUAGCCUUGGCCUUGUUGCUGUGUAACGCCAGGCCGCCCGGCCAGCUGGCCCUGCGUUGGCCGCACACAUGAACCCACACUUGGGCACGCACACGGGGGCUGCUGCGUUCAGCCCUGACCCCACAGGCCUGAGCCUCGGGGCUAGCUGUGACACCCCCAGCUUUUUGGAGAGAAUAAAGUUUGUACCUAAGUGA